AUGCUGUCGCUGUAUGCUAAGUUCCUUAAUACGACGGAGUACAUUCCCCCUUUGUCACAGUUUGCUGCAAUCUUUGUAUUUGGGAGCCUUAUUCUCAUGGAGGCCUUAAACUUGGUGAAGCUCCGCUUGGUGUCUAGGUCUUCACGUGCGCAGGUUGUGCAUAAAGCUGCCAACUUGAUAAAAGCAAGUUCUCACGUGGUGUAUGACAACUAUCCAGAGAUUGAGCUAAGUGCAGCGAAGUUAACAGGCCUUCACCCAGUGCCGUACAAAGCUACUGCAAAAGAUGGUGACCUGGCAGGCGUAAUUCAUGACAGCAGUGGCAAGUUCGGGAUCACCAUGAAAGACUUCCAAGCACUGUACUUUAUCUCCUCCUACAGUCGCAUUCGGGGAUGCUUUCACAGAGAGUGUGUGGGCCUUCCUGGGGCCGCCGUUAGUUUGAGGGAAGACGAUGGAAGCGUAUCUGAGUGCAUCAAUCUGGGAAGCUACAAUUAUCUCAACUUCAGCCAAACAACCUAUAAGAUUGAAAGCAUCAGAGAAACAAUGCAAACAUAUGGCAUCAGCUGGUGUUACAAAGGGGCCCUAGCGACUUCUGCGCUACAAGUGUGCCUAGAACAACAUCUGAGUGAGUUCUUGGGUACGGACGCGUGCAUUGUCCAUUCAAUGGGGUUCGACACCAAUGCAAUGGCGAUCCCGUGUAUCUGUCGAAGCACAAAUGAAGGCGGGACAGUACUGAUUUGUGACUCAUUAAACCACGCUUCACUUGUUUCUGGCGCUAAUCUGGCCAAGCGAACUGUCGGUGCUACAGUAGAAGUGUUCACACACAAUGAUUUUGAAGAGCUGCGUGUGCUCUUAGAUAAGUACCAGGGGCGGGACGUGGUGGUUAUUGUAGAGGGCCUCUAUUCCAUGGAUGGAGAUAUCCUCGAACUUCCACGGUUCUUAGAGUUACGAAAAUGUUAUGCAUUUCGACUCUUUGUUGACGAAGCUCAUUCAAUUGGCUGUCUUGGGCCCACCGGAAGAGGGGUCAGUGAUUACUAUAACAUGCACGGCAGUAUAGACAUCCAAAUGGGAACGUUUACUAAGUCGUUUGCAGCCGUGGGAGGAUAUAUAGCGGGUCCAGUAGGGCUGAUAGAUAAAAUUCGUCGCGAGGUUAUACACUACAAUGCCUGUGCACUGAUUCCACCGUAUUGCGCAAUCCAAAUCCAGAAUGCCCUAGCUGAGCUAUUACAGGAUAGAGCGCGACUUCUUCAGUUGAGGAAGAAUAGCAUUAUGUUUCGAAGUGGGUUGAAGGAGAUUGGAUACAUUGUUUACGGCACAUAUGACUCCCCCGUUAUCCCCGUUCUACUAUACAACCCUGUAAAGUUAAAGCCUGUGGCCGAUGAGCUUCGUCGUCGUGGAAUAGCAAUUGUAGUUGUGGGAUAUCCAGCCGUGCCUCUUGUAUCGAGUCGCAUACGCUUCUGCAUUUCAUCAGGACACACGGAGGAGCAGCUAAGGCAGGUCUUAUGCCACAUGAAGCAGAUUGCUCACCUGUACUGCUUAAGACAUGGUCAUCAGAAAGGGAAAAACCAACUGAUAGAGAUGUGCAAGGGAAUCUUGAGCCCACCAAUACAUCCUCUAGCCGAGACUGAAAGGGAGAAGACGUAG